CCACAUUGCCCUUCUGCCAGUCAAAAAUUCGUGAAGGAGAAAAAGGAAAAGAAGACGAAAACAGUCUUCCGCUGCGAAUAAAAAUGACUACUAUUCGAAGGUUUUGCUGCAACGAUCUCCUCCGAUUCGCAUCAGUGAAUCUUGACCAUCUCACUGAAACCUUCAACAUGUCGUUCUAUAUGACCUAUUUGGCGCGGUGGCCGGACUAUUUCCACGUUGCUGAAGCUCCAGGAAAUCGAAUAAUGGGCUACAUUAUGGGAAAGGUUGAAGGACAAGGAGAGUCAUGGCAUGGUCAUGUCACUGCAGUAACAGUAGCUCCUGAAUUUCGAAGGCAACAAUUAGCCAAGAAGCUGAUGAACCUACUUGAGGAGAUCGGCGACAAGAUUGAUAAGGCUUAUUUCGUGGAUCUUUUUGUGAGAGCUUCAAAUACACCUGCCAUCAAGAUGUAUGAGAAGCUUGGCUAUGUAGUUUACAGACGUGUGCUUCGAUAUUACUCUGGAGAGGAGGAUGGCUUGGAUAUGAGGAAGGCUUUAUCAAGGGAUGUGGAAAAGAAGUCUGUUAUUCCUCUCAAGCGCCCAGUUACACCAGAUGAGCUUGAAUAUGAUUAGGCCUGAUUUUCUUAAUCAGACAGAAAUAUAAUGUUGUCAGGCAUGUUCUUGUAAUUACCAUUAUUGGGGCUGAAAUUACCAUUACACGGAUCCAAACGUCUUAUGUAAACUUCCAAAUUUUCUUGAAAUAAAAGAACAAGCAGCUAUUCCUUUAGACUCA